GUCAGCGAAGCAGAGUUCUCCCGCGCCCCAGGAAGCCCAGUGUGGCGCCGCUCCAUGUCCACGACUGCAAUGCUGCCUAUGCCGCUGCUGGUGACCGUUUGAGUGCGAAGCUUGGGUCAGUGGUGCUGGGAGGUAUCAAGAGAGUGUUGCGAUAACAGGAGACUGACUUCCGGCUGUGUGUGUGACAGUGUGAUGGGUUCCCGUUGAGGAGGAAGAAGGGACUGUUGUUGUUUUGGGUCGUCUUCGAGGGAUCGCUUGCUCCGGGAGUCCUAGAGGUCCUCGGUUGUCCAGGGCGACAAAUAUCGCCGAGCAUCAUGGGGUGCUUUGGCAGCAAGGACAAGUUGUCCAAGGAGGACAUGGACUUUCUGAAGUCGCACACUAGGUACGACGAGAGCACCAUCAAGGAAUGGUACAAAGGAUUUAAGCAAGACUGUCCCAAUGGCCGAUUGACACCCGCCAAAUUCGUAGACAUGUACAAGAUGUUCUUCCCAUCAGGUAACGCAGAGGAAUUCUGCGAUCACGUUUUCAGAACCUUCGACAUGGACAAAAACGGGUAUAUCGACUUCAAGGAGUUCCUCUUGGCGAUCGAUGUGACGUCGAGCGGCACUCCCGAGGAGAAGCUCAAGUGGGCCUUCCGCAUGUACGACGUCGACGGCAACGGUGUCAUAGACAUUCAGGAGAUGACGAAGAUCGUACAGGCCAUCUACGACAUGUUGGGCGCCUGCUCGUCCAACCGGCCAGCCGACUCGGCCGAGGAGCGGGCCAAGAACAUCUUCGCCAAGAUGGACGAGAACAACGACGGCCAGCUCACCCAGGAGGAGUUCCUCAAGGGCUGCCUGCAGGACGAGGAGCUGUCGAAGAUGCUCGCGCCCUAAUCCGCGUAAGCGCCGGCAAAACCCACCCAGACGGGGUUCGCACUUUCAGAGACUUAUUUUGGACGCGACAUGCGGUACAUCAGCCCACCCACAGUACCCACCACGCACAUCCGGUUUUGUAGUCGAGGAACCGAACAAAAGAACAUCGACGGGAUAGGUCUUAGCGGUUAACUUUCGUUGCUGCGUUUCGUUCUGUCUCUCUCUCUCUUUCAGCUUUUCACCGCGCGUCUCAGCUUUCGGGUGUACUUUUCAUACGGAUUCAAGGGAGGCUUGCCCACCACCCCCCUCACCAGUUUUCUCUUAACGUCUCGCGCGGAGUAAACACCACUAAAUAUUAAAUAAGUACCUUAAAUCAAGAAACAAACAAUAAAAUGAUGAAUCAUAAAAAAGUAAAUGUGAUAAACACGUCAUUAAAAUGUUGUAGCGGUAAAAGAAGAACACAGUCCUAGCAUAGAGUCCAAUACUGCACAAAAUAAUUUAAGAUAGAUAAGAGUACAGGUUUUAUAUAUAUUUUGUGAUAGAUGAUCGUUUCGCGUUGCAAAAGGCACAAUUAUAUUUUUAUUAUUAAGUUUCUAAACGCUGAUCUCCUAGAAAGUAACAAUUUUCGUUUUAACGCAUACUUAUAACAUCCACUGUUGUAUUUUACCGUACGGUUACUUGUGUACAUGUACUUGUUCGCCAUAUUAAUCCUAGCAACUUAAAACACUAACACGUUAACACAACCCCGCACAAUGCGCGCUACAAAAUAGUCGUACGCCGCAUCUUCUUCCACAUAAUCUUUGAAUUUCGGACUAGAUUUUACAUCCACACUAAUUUUGUCGUCUAAAUGGCUAUAUUGAUGUAUACGUGACUGAAUGAACUCACUAAACCAUGUUUCUGUGGAUGUGCAUCAUUUAAAUAUAAAUAAAACUCAUAUUUGCCGGCGACAACGCGUUUCCUACAAGAAGGUUCUGCCAAGAACGAACGGACCACUUGAAAUUUCGGACCCAAAAAAAUAAUACAAUUGUUCCUAUGGCCUAUCGUCCUUUGUUACAAGGCAUCAAAGAAUUUUCGAAAACGUCGUUUUGGCAGCCUUCUCGUUGAGGCGUGGGGUCGCUGUGCCGUAAAAACCUCCUUAAACAAUCAAAUCUAAAUAAGAGACCAAAAGCUAAACACGGAAAAGUCAAUUAACGCAAUACUGAGUGUGAUCCCUUCUGAUAUCUCAUAGCCUUAGGAGAAGCGCGUCUAGUACACCCCUUAAUCCGUUGCAAGACUAUACGCUGGCGGGGAAGUUGCAUUUAAUUGGAGCCGUCAUACCUCGGCGCCGACUUUAAGCGGUAUCCAUAUACGUGGGCUCCGGCUAUAAGCAUUUCGGGAAAAAAACUAGCUUAACUCUCUUGCUCAUACCUGAAGCAUUUCUAGAUAUACAAAGUAAGUUAUAGAGGAGUAAACUUAGGGCUUGGUAGACGACCACGUCGUCGGGGUGCGACAAACUAGGUGUUGUUAAAAAUAUUUGGAUGUACUCUACAUUUUAAGCAUAUCAUAUACAUGUAACCUGUCCCUUUAGGUCACCUUGCCGAAUUCUAGCGUCUGACAAUUCUUCGAAGUUCGCCCGCCCUCGAUCAAUGUCCCUCGACAUUUUUGGCACAUAUCGGAUGAGGGCUUUGGCACUGUUCGGGGUUCCUGGGUCUUUCAAAUCUUCGGUUGGGCCGUGCUUGGAAGCCUUGAACGUCGGUUUCGCGAGUUUUCUUCCAAUAUUUUAUAUUACAGUACUUAUUGAAAAAGCUGCCUAAAUUUGACAACCUUUGUUCCAAAACUUAAAUAAUUUGGAGCUUGGGAAGGGAACAGUCUAUUGAUACUAUUUUAGAGGUCUUCGGCAAAAAUGAAGUAUUACCAGAAAUUGGUAAACAUUUAUUUACUGCGAAAAGUGUAUACUUCGCAAUACGGGUCAAUUUAUAAAUUGACCUCGAAGCUCAAAGCUGUAUGGAAAUACAAGUAAUAGGAUAUCGAUGUUCCAGUAUCACUUACAAUGUUUAUAUUAAGCGUUUAAGCAUGUUUGACAUUGUAGUUCAAGUUCAGAGCAAGGAAUAACGCUGGCAGUAUCAACAACACGUCACUCUGGUGUUAGGUAAUAAACAAGACACGAUAACUAACAAUAAUUUUAUAACCAACUGACAACUGAUGACAAUUUAACACCUCAACUGCUGCCGAACGACAAUUCGCGAAGAGAACGCAAUUCGGGAAACGGUAAAAACAACAGAAAAUUAUUGACAUUGUUGCCAGACCUCUAGUUCAAGCCCAAGGAUCUGACAACAUUGUCAUUCAUUUUCUCUUAUGAGUUCACAAUUAAAAACAUAUUCUUGCAUAAAGUAAAGUGACGUUUGGAAAAGUACAUGGUUAAAUUUUGAUCUUGAACUUCGUAAAGUCGCAUAUAAAUUGUUUUUUUCUUGCAAUGUUGCAUAGAACUUUAUUUAUUUUGGUCUUUAUUGGAAGUAUUAGACGUACAACCCUUAUACUGAUGACGUUGCGUAUACAAAUAAAUGGCGAUGUAAAAUCAAGGUCAGACUGCAUCAAACGAGAUCACCCACGUUUUAAAAAGAGUAUUGCAAUGCUAUUAAUUCCUCCUUCAUGGCGUGGCAUUAACUAACCGAUGUAGUUGAUAUGUCGUCGCCGGGAAGAGGAAUAGCGGACCCAAACACCACCGACGCUAUCUCAUCUUCGAAUUUCUUCGCUACAAUUGCCUUUCCAAGCGGAAAUCGAUACCAGAAGCAAGUGCAGGCGUUACAGAAAACUGUUUACAUGCAAAUGCGAUCGCGUUCUACACGUAAACCGCCGUAGUGAAUCGAUGUUCACGGCUUCCACGCAGGAACACCCUCUCGUACUCUAUACACACCAUUCCCAGUAUUCUUUUGGACCCCACUGUAACGCGCCGUCCGGUGGUCCUGUGCCGCGAGCCGUCUUGACGGGAUUUUUCGCGUUUCCCUUUUGCGUCCCCCUUCGCCGGGACGGGAAAAGCGUCGUUUGUGUUUUUCGACGGGCGCGCCGGCCACAUCAGGAUGGCGGGUAAGUCAACCGGAAUGUCUGUUGGUUUUUGCGGCCGGAGAAAACAAAGGGCAGAGGUCAGCCGUGGGCUUUUACGAGGGGCCGUUCUGAUUGAUGUCGCGCCAGUAAAAACUGCCUGCGGAACAUCUGCCAAGAAGUGUACGUCUCGCUCGUUAUUGGCUUCCGCGGAAGGUCGAUGGUUUUUCGACCAACGGGGGCUCGAUUUUGAAAGACACUUGAAAUUACGUUAUUUUUUCUUUCAAGGGCAGGGAUACGUAUUUCCGACCACUUCUGAUUACAGUUAUGUGGCUAAGCAGCUCUCCUUGUUCUGGGGACAUGGUAGUUGCCAAUGUAACAACCUUUGAGUGUUCAGAAGUUGAGUAUGGUUCCAAAUUUGCAACCACUUUCAAGUAAUUUUUAUAGUUUUCUAACGUUAUGCAGAUCUUUAAAGUCUUGGAACUCAUAAGUAACGUCAAUAAUUAUCAACGAUGUUAGCGCUACUUAUAGAACUACAACUACAAAGUACAUUUCCACACUGGAACGUGGUCUUACGGAAUCGUCGUCAGAACGUAAAAAUUAUUUUAGUUAUUGGUCUAUAACGAUCUACGUCCCAACAACUGAUCUUAUAGUUUUUGGUAGAAGCUACUGCUGGUAGAGUCAUUAAAAAAUUUGACAUAUCAAGAUCGGUAAUCACAGUUACUGAUUACUGUAGUCCUUAUACAAAAAACACGUUCGUUUUCCGCAAUUCGCAAGAACUUGUAAUCAGAAAAAAAUAUCGGCACGUUUCAUGUUGGUUAUUUUUAACACAGCAAGUCCAAAACACGACAUAUCGCAUGCGGGACCAUUCCUAAUGGACUUACCGUUUCGUUCUACUAGAAAUAACAUUUAAACAACACUUUUAUAACCCCCUUAUAUAACCGCUAAUCGCAAAUGUCGCGGCUGACCCAGAAACUUGUUCUCAAUCCGGCCAAAAACCGACGGCGCAACCUGGCUAGUCAGCCUACUCCGUUUCUUUCGUACGUUUUUGACACUGAAGCGUCACAUAAAGAGAAAUUGGUAACAGAGAUGUGAUACAUCGUUCACCUUUUAUAGUGGGAGAUGUUUGGAUCGAUUAUGUCUAUUCAUAUUUUUCUACUUGCACAUAUUGUAUAAUAUAUUAUUAUGCUACUUCUAGAUGUUCGUUAAAAAUAAGCAUUUGGAUUUUGUGACGGGCGCGGGACCGUCGCUUCGCCCUGUACACCAGGAGGAGUCCCGCGACCGGAAGUGUGAGGGACCAUCCAUGGUUCUUGCUAAGUGUUUUAGAUCUUAGGUUCCUGCGAUAUUUGUACAAGUAGACGCUUGCGGCGAGUAACGUUACAUUUAUUAAAUGCGUAAGCGUAAGCGGCCCGAGAAUGGAUCCCUGAGGCAUGGCGUCGGUUAUCUUUGAGACAAAAGAUUGUCAAGUGAUGUAAUGGUACUUUGGCAAGCGUUUAUUUUUUAGCGUGUAGUCUCGUCUAUUAUUUUGUACUCAGUUAAGUUUUUGUAUAUUUUUAUAUUUAGUGGUAAUCUAUGAGAACUGUCCGAAGACCUUGGAUGGUUCGCCUCGCGAUGGUGUAGUAAUAUUGAGGCCAGAGGCAUUUUCUUAGGAAUAAAUUAUAUAAUUAACACAUAUUGAUGGCAGAUAAUCUUUGGAUUUUUAUCACUUAAUAUUAUGACAAUUAAAUGAUAUACAUAUUUGGACAAA